CUCAAUGUUAUUUAAACACAACCUGUUAAAUGAUUCAUUUAUUCAUAGAUCAAACUUCGAUUUAUGUUAACUAAAUUUGUGCAAAAUGCCAUUCAAAAAAGCUAUAAAAAGUAAAUUAGAAAUGAACAAUUCAUUUUCAAGUGAUUGCAUUUUAUGUGAUAGUUUCGAAAGUAAAGAUUCUUUUAAUAUUUUUGAUGAUACCAGAGAACGUGAUGCUACAUACUCACCUGAUAUUAUCGGAGUUGACUGGAACGAUACAUUUGAUAGGUUAAUUUCUGAGAGGCCAGAAAACGAAUGUUUAAAAAAUGAAACUCCAAACCGAAAAUCUACUGUAAAAAGAUCUCUUCAUGGUUUAUAUAAAUCAGGAAUAAGUCAAGAUGCUGAACAAGUAAAGAAUGAAACUCCAAACCGAAAAUCUACUGUAAAAAAAUCUCUUUGCGGUUUAUAUAAAUCAGAAAUAAGUCGAGAUGCUGAACAACUAACGAAUGAAACUCCAAACCGAAAAUCUACUGUAAAAAAAUCUCUUUGCGGUUUAUAUAAAUCAGGAAUAAGUCAAGAUGCUGAACACAACUCAGAUAUUUUGAAUGAUCACACUUCAGAAGAUAUUGUAUGUAUUGAUUCUGGAGAACAGUUGAGUUUCAAUUGUAAAGCCAUACCACAAAUUUAUAUCCAAAAUCAAGACACUCCAGAUAAAACAUAUAAUACCAAUAAUAAUGAAGUUAUAUCUAAAGUCAGAGAAAAUAGUAUUCAACCUGUCGCCAAGAGCACUCCAAUGAAAAGAUCAUCAGAUAAUAUUUCUUCAUUAUCUCAUAUUGGAUGUACUUUGAAUCUUAGUGAAUCUGCGCAUGUUACAAACAAUGAAAAUAAAUGUGGUGACCAACAACAGGACACAAACAUAGCUUGCAAAUAUAAAAAAUUUGAAAAUUAUAAGCCUUGCAGACGGCCAGAUAAGCCCUUGUCAAUAAAUCUUUUACCUGGGAAGAAGUGGCGUCGUUCUUUAAAUGUAUACAUACAUAAUAAAAGCUUACAGUCUGGGCUUAAUAUACCAUCAAUAAUAGAUGAGAAUAAUUCAUUGAAUUUAACAAAUUCUACAAGUAUAGAUUAUCAGAGAGGUCAUAUUCAUGAUAACAUAACAAACAUAUCAAUUGUUGAUAAACAAUUGUCAUAUAUUUCGAUAUCGUCUGAUGAUACCAACUAUAGUUCAGCACCAAAUGAAGUGCAUGAAUCUCGAGCCAAAUCUCGAUCAGUGCUAUCAAGUUUUAUUUCCUGUUCUAAUAGCAUCGUACAAUUUGAUCCCAGUCCUGCUACUGCUUAUGAAAUAGUUCUAAGAAGAUGUGGACAGACAUCUCCUUUGCCUUUUAGUGAAUGCUAUCCUGACAUAUCUCUCCGUAAGUGUCACAAGAUCGGGGAAGGGUUGUUUGGUGAGGUAUAUCUUUAUAAAGAUAUAAUAACGCAAGAAUGUUCUGUGAUAAAAAUCAUACCCAUAGAGGGUUCAUUACUUGUUAAUGGAGAAAAGCAAAAGAAGUUUAAUGAAAUUUUAUCAGAAAUUAUUAUUGUUAUGGAAUUGAGCAAUUUGCGUAGCAAUGAGGAGAAUGCGACUUCUGGUUUCUCAGAAUUGAAAAAAAUUAGUUGUGUGAGAGGCAAAUAUCCUCAAGUGUUGAUUGAUUUAUGGAAUCUAUAUGAUGAACAGUAUUGUUCUGAGAAUGAUAAUCCUGAAAUGUUUGGUGAUGAUCAACUGUAUAUUGUGCUAGAGCUAGGAAAUGGUGGUAGAAGUUUGGAAGCUUUUCAAUUUACACAUGCAAAACAAAGUCUUAGUGUUUUACGACAGGUUGCAUUGUCAUUAGCCAUAGCUGAAAAAGCAUUAGAUUUUGAACAUAGAGACUUGCACUGGGGAAAUGUUCUUGUUGUAACAACAUCUGAAAAGACUGCUACAUAUAAGUUGGAUGGACUCACUAUUACAUUGCCUUUGCAUGGAGUGAAAGCAACAAUAAUUGAUUUUACCUUUUCACGUAUAACAUUCAAUGAUCAAGCCUUAUACAGUGAUCUCGGAGCUGAUGAAGAACUAUUUUCUGCAGACGGUGAUUACCAGUUUGACAUUUAUAGGCUUAUGCGUGAAAAAAAUUGUAAUAAUUGGGUAGCUUACCAGCCGUAUUCUAAUAUACUAUGGCUGCAUUACUUAUGUGAUAAAAUGAUAAAAGGUGCUCGGUACACACAAACGAAAUUAAAGGCACAUAAAAUAAAUCAAGUUGAACUUCAGCUGAUAAAGGAUUCUCUUCUUUCAUAUAACAAUGUUAAUGAGUUUCUAGAAGAUUUUAAUUAUUUUGCCUAAUCAUUAUAUACAAUACUCC